AUGGCGGCGACGCCCCCUGCCUCCUCCCCCAUCCCGCGCGGCGUCGCGACGCCCGGCGCCGGGACCGCGUGGCCAGUCUGCGCCCGGUGCGCGCGCCCCCAGGUGUGCUCUCCCCCAGGCGCCAUGACGGUGCGGCUGCUGCUGCUCCUCCUCGUGGCCGGACAGCUGGCCGGACAGCUCGCCGGACAGCUCGCGCGCUACAACGUGGGCGUGCUGAUGGCCUCGCACCUGGACUCGCCCUUCGACCUGGAGCGCUGCGGGCCCGCCAUCGACAUCGCGCUGGAGCUCGUCAACAGGGAGCUGCUGGGGCCGCACGGCGUGUGGCUGGACAAGCGCCAGGCCAGCUACCCGUCCUGCUCGGGCCGUCGUGCGCCGGGGCUCGCCGCCGACAUGCACUUCUUCGACAAGGUGGUGGCCUUCAUCGGGCCGGCCUGCGCCUUCGCCCUGGAGCCCGUGGCGAGGCUGGCCGCCUACUGGAACCGCCCCAUCAUCACCGGCAUGGGCGACCAGCCGCCGUCAGAGGGCGAGCUGUCUGUGACGUCAGGCAUCCUGGGCCGCCUGCACAAGUGGAGGAACGACAGCUCUUCCGUCAGCACGGGCAUAUUCAAGGACAAGACGGAGUACGCGACCCUCACGCGCAUGUCGUACUGCCAGUGCCGUCUGCGCAAAGUGUUCUCCAGCAUCUUCGGCCAGUUCGGCUGGAGACACGUGGCCCUGCUGCUGGACCGCUCAGACCUCUUCUCGCUGACCGUGGGCAAGAACCUGGAGGUGGGACUCAAGAAGGAGGGCUACCAGUGCUUCGUGCGGGAGCUCGACGGCAACGACGACAGCGACUACGAGCAGUACCUCAAGGACGCCAGCAUGUACGCCCGCGUUGUCAUCCUGAGCGUGAGAGGCGAGCUGGUGCGCAGGUUCAUGCUGGCCGCGCACGAGCUCAGCAUGACGGCCGGAGACUGGACGUUCCUCGACGUGGAGCUGUUCCAGGGCUCGUACUGGGGCGACCACGACUGGGAGGUGGGCGACUCGCACGACCACAGCGCCAGGAAGGCCUACGAGGCGCUGCUGAGGGUGUCCCUGCUGCAGCCCACCAGCCCCAGGUUCAACGAGUUCGCGGACCGCGUGCGGCGGCGCGCGCAGACAGACUACAACUACACCUUCUCCGACGGCGAGGAGGUGAACUUCUUCGUAGGUGCGUUCUAUGACGGCGUGUACCUGCUGGGCAUGGCUCUGAACGAGACUCUGACGGAGGGCGGCAGCAUAUGGGAUGGCCGCGGCGUCACCAGGAGGAUGUGGAACAGAGACUUCAUGGGCAUCACCGGGCACGUGCGUAUCGACGAGAAUGGCGACCGCGACGCUGACUACUCGGUGCUGGACCUCGACCCCAUCACAGGCCGCUUCGAAGUCGUGGCGCACUACAUGGGGCUGGACCGCCGCUUCCUGCCCGUGGCGGGCAAGCGCAUUCACUGGCCCGGCGGGAGGGACGCAGCGCCGCCUGACGUGCCUCUCUGUGGCUUCAUGGGCAACCAUCCCAGCUGCAGCAGCAACUCUAUACACUUCAUCCUGAUGUACGGAUUCCUGUCCUUCGUGCUGUUCCUGUCGCUGACUACCGCGGUCGCCUGCGUGGCAUACAGGAGGGUCCAGCUGACGGCCGACCUCAACAACAUGUCCUGGCGCGUGCGGCCCGAGGAGGUCCUGCUGGAGGUCGGAAGGACCUGCACCUCGAGACUUGUGCUGCAGAGGUCAGAGGGCUUUGAACCGGGGCUAGAGAGGCUGCACAGAGGCCGGGGGUCGAUGACGUCAUGCGGCUCCUUCGCGCCUGCGCAGGUCUUCACCACUGUCGGCAUCUACAAGGGUUCCCGCGUCGCUAUCAAGAAGGUGCACGUGAAGAAGAAAGUGGAUGUGAACAAGAAACUUCUCUGGGAAAUAAAACAGGUGCGCGACGUGACGCACGAGAACACGGUGCGCUUCGUGGGCGCCUGCGUGGAGUGGCCCGUCGUGCUGAUCCUCACCGAGUACAGCCCCAAGGGCAGCCUCAAGGACGUGCUGGGGAACGACGAGCUCAGGCUGGACUGGAACUUCCGCAUGUCGCUCAUCCACGAUGUCGUCAAGGGCAUGGCCUACCUGCACAGCUCGGAGGUGACGGUUCACGGCAAGCUGCGCUCCUGCAACUGCCUCAUCGACGGCCGCUUCGUGCUCAAGAUAUCCGGCUUCGGCCUCAAAACACUCACCACGCCCAGCGAGAUUGUCAAAGACAACGUCUACUACAACAAGCUGCUGUGGGUGGCGCCAGAGCUCCUGCCUCUGACGGUGGUGCCGGGGACCCCGGCCACACAGAAAGGCGAUGUCUACAGCUUCGCCAUCAUCCUAGAGGAGAUCGUGGUGCGCGGUGGGCCCUUCGAGGACGCGCGCCAGCUCAUGAGUGCUCAAGAGAUCGCGGCUCGCGUGGCCAGCAGGGAGAGCCCGCCCUUCAGGCCCUCAGUGGGGCAGCGCGCUUGCCAGCCGGAGCUGCUGGCGCUCAUGGAGCGCUGCUGGGCCGAGAACCCAGACGAGCGACCCACCUUCGAGGCCAUCCGCGGAGUCAUCCGCUUCAUCAGGAAGGGCUACUGCGAGGACCUCAUGGACGACCUGCUGAGGCGCAUGGAGCAGUACGCCAACAACCUGGAGGCGCUGGUCGAGGGCAAGACGGAGCAGCUGAGCCUGGAGAAGAAGCGCUCCGAGGAGCUGCUGUACCAGGUGCUCCCCAGACCGGUGGCACAGCAGCUCAUGGCUGGUGACAUGGUGCAGCCAGAGCAGUUCGAGAGCGUCACCGUCUACUUCAGCGACAUCGUGGGCUUCACGGCCCUCUGCGCCCAGAGCACGCCGAUGCAGGUGGUGGACUUCCUGAAUGAUCUAUACAGUACCUUUGAUCGAAUAAUAGGAUUCUAUGAUGUUUACAAAGUCGAGACGAUCGGCGACGCCUACAUGGUGGUGUCGGGGCUGCCCGAGAGGAACGGCGACGAACACGCCAAGGAGAUCUCCCUGAUGGCGCUGGCCAUCCUGGACGCCGUCAGCUCCUUCAGCAUCCAGCACCGGCCCGACGAGCAGCUCAAAGUGCGAAUCGGCAUACACUCGGGGCCGGUGUGUGCCGGCGUGGUGGGCCAGAAGAUGCCUCACUUCUGCCUGUUCGGCGACACCGUCAACACCGCCUCCAGGAUGGAGUCCACUGGCCAGCCCCUUCGCAUACACGUGAGCUCGGCGACGAAGCAGAUCCUCGCCAAGUUCGGGACCUUCCACCUGGAGCUGCGGGGCGAGGUGGAGCUGAAGGGCAAGGGCAGCGUGACUACGUACUGGCUGGUGGGCUGCAGCGAGCCCGACCCUCGACCACCCACGCCACGUCCCUGCAGCGACAACGCUGACUGCAACCUCUACCCACUGUUGUUCCCCACCAGCAGCAAGAGAUCCAACAACGAAAUUCCGGAGCUGCGUCUUGCCAACUGCGAGGCAGCCCUCCCAGAGUUCAGGCUUGCCACCUGCGAGAUGUGA